GUAAGACAAAGAUUACUGAUAACGACCGGCAUAUAGCUAAAAACCAAAAGCUUUACGAGUCUAUAACGCCGCAUACAUCGCGUGCAUCAACUGUAAAUUCCACAAACGAAGUUCAAAUUUACAGUGAUUGUGAAUUUCCUUUAAAGCCAGCAAUUUUGGAUGUAGAAAAAUCUGGUCGUAUAAAAGUCGAAGAAAACUUUGAGGAUUUUACACAGUUGUUGAAAAAUACUGCAACAUUGUGGAAUGGCUCAUUGACAAAGGGUGAAUUGGUUCAAUUCAUCGGAGCUGUGAUCAUAAAGCCAUUAUAUAGUCGAUAUCAAAAUUCAUCUAUCUUGUCUACUAUUGUAAAUAAAUCUAAUUUAUAUAUGAAAGAUCAGUUACCACAACCUUUUGCCGAAAAAAUAGUCGAUCAUAGUAAUUUUACAAAGCAUUCAAUAUACACAAUGAAUGAUUUAGAAAGUGCGAGUGAUGUUUCAC